GGCGGGGCACAGGGUGCGGGGGCGGCGCGGUCGCCUUAGCCGUCGCCCAGCUCGUGAUGUGGGAUUUCACCGCUUUCAACUUUUAUCCCGUGAACUUCACCGCUCUGGGCAGCAACAUCUUCAUCGCGAGCAACAGGCACCCCGGCACCAUGGUGUACGACACGGAGACGGGCGGGCUGGCCAUCGGCCCUCUCCUCCCGGACCCGCUGCUCGGCGGCACCCGCGUCUUCGCGGCCACCGGCGACACGCAGCAGCUGUACGCGCUGAAGUACAGAAUCUGUGACAUGCAGCAGGCCUUCGAGGUGAUGUCCACGGCCUGCGUCGAGGAUUGGCAUCCCACCUCUUUCCCAAACCCAAGCCAGGACUGGUCGUGGGCAACCGUCCCGUCGCCACCGCCAUUCCCCAAGGAUUCCCUGAUCACCGCCUACGCCAUGCACCCGGACGGACGCACUCUCUUCGUGUCUUGUGGAAGCAACCACGACACACACCACCACCACACCUACUCCUUCGACACCAAGAACCAUAAAUGGAGGUCUCAUGGCGACUGGGCGUUGCCUUUCCAAAAUCAGGGCUACUUCGACGGCGAGCUGGACGCGUGGGUCGGCCUUCGCAAGGACGGCUACGUCUGCGCCUGCCGGGUGCCGUCCCGCAGCAGAACGCUCGCCGCGCAGCCGGACUGGAAGAUGGCAAAGGAGGAGCUCUUCCUCGAGCACCCGGGGAGCAUGGGUGCCACCCUCACGCACAUGGGGAACGCCAGGUUUUGCCUUGUGGAGACGGAGGAACUGGAGUUUGACGGCUUCAUGCUCUAUAUCACCAUUUUUGGUCUCAAGUACAACCAUGAGGGAGAGCUGCAACCCACCGCCCGUCGCACCACCAAAUCAUGUCGACUGCAUAGGAAUCUCCUGCAGUUUUCGCCUGUGGCGUUCUGGUUAUAGCUUGGAAAUGGCUGUUUGGCUUGGUUGUAUGUAAUGCAUCUAUGUCCUUCUCAUGGAUGUAAAUAUUGAUUUGUCGCAAUAAAGAAAAUUCUUCUCUUGCCCA